AUGGCACUUGGUCGUCGCACCACUCGAUCUACUGCUCAAAGUCAACAAGUUGAACCAGUCAUUGAUCCUCCUGCUCCACCUUCACAAGUUGUUCGCACUACUCGGUCGAGUAUAGAGAAUCAACAAGUUGAACUAGUCAUUGAUCCUCCUGCUCCACCUACACAAGUUAUUCGCACUACUCGGUCGAGUGUAGAGAAUCAACAAGUUUGUUGCACCACUCGAUCUACGGUACUAAGUCAACGACCUAGAACCACCACACAAUCUAAUGUAGAGAGAGAACACCCUCAAGGCUCCACACACCCUAUUGUACAGGGUGAACAAGUCAAUGUGAUGACCCAUUUUGAUAUCGAAGAUGAUAAUCAAUCUUCCCAAGUUCCAUCUGGAAAAACAUCUUCCUUUAAGCCACGUGGAGUUACUCGUAGAGUUACUCGCGGCUUGACAACUACAACUAUAGCUAAGGCAUCAUCAACUGGAAAGUUGUCAGUGACUUUUAAUGCGGAGUGUCGUCAACCAAUUUGUACUAAUGCUGAGAAAUUUAAUAAUGAGAUUGGAUUCAUUAUUCGGAAUCAUGGUACAUUUCAUUAUAAAGAGUGGAGAAUGGUCCCUGAAGAUGUGAGAGCUCCAUUGCGACACUAUCUUUUGGAACAUUUUGACAUCAACUUGAAUGAUGAGACAACUAAAAAAUGCAUUGAUGAGCGAAUGAGAAAAGCUUGGAAGGGUCAUAAGUACAAGCUGCACUUAUAUUUCAAAGAAAUUGGAGGAGAAAAUGAUCUUGAGAUGGCCAAGAGCAAACGUCAUCCAGACUUAAAAGAAGAACAUCAAGAAGAUUGGAUGAUUUUGCGUGAUCGUUGGUGUUCUCCUGAAUUUAAGGUAACAUUUUUUAUCAUAAUAUUGCUAUUAUGAUAGGAACAAGAGACCCGACAUACUAUUUACA